AUGGCCAUCCUUCCCGACCGCCCGGGCAUCGAAGUCACCGUCCGCAUCCACGACCCGGCCAGCACGCCGAACUCGCUCAUGUCCGUCUCCUCGAACCGUCCGAAGACGCCCACGCCGCCGCCAGACGCCUUCGAGUACCCGUCGCCGUCGCACAAGGACCGCGCCAACUCCAUCACGCGCUACAUCGAAGCCAUCCCCGACGCCGACUUCUCCGUCGUCAUCAAGUUCACGGCGCGGAACGCGGAGCUCGAAGGAUACAGCUUGGGUCUGUGCAUCUACGUGGACGGCAUCCGGGUGCAGGGCAGCGUGAUCGACUUGAAGGGCCAUGCGAGUCAGCGGGAGUGCUGGUACGUGUGCGACGGCGCGAUGGGGUGGGAGGGCGGGCGGUGGGUGCAGAGGAGUUUGCGGUUCGAGGGGCUGAAUGUUGACAAGAAUGCGCGGGAGAGCUUGUACCACCGGCAAUUUGAAAAGCUGCAGUGCUUGGGCGAGAUUAAGGCCAGGUUCUAUCGUGUGCAGGAGGUGGGGAGGAUUCCACAUCGGGAUUGUCCCAGCCCAACCAGCCCGAACGGCCUGGUGAAGUUCAACCGCGUGGCGGAGAAAGCAUUGAAGGAGAAAGCGAUUGAUCUUCAAGCGACGACGGGGGAUGUCAAGAGGACGUUUGGCAGAUGCGGAAGGGUCUUAACGGAGCAGAUCGACCCGACGGAUGAGCCAUGGGCGGAGUUUACAUUCAACUAUCGGUCUUGGGAGGCGUUGGAAGAGGAGGGAAUCCUACCAAAGUCGGCUCCGCCGGCUACGACGUUCGACUUUCUGAACUGA